AUGCCAACAGCUCCCUGCCUUGAGAAGCUUCCACUGGUGGCCCCCAACUUGGAUUUCCCCAAAAAGGAUCCCAAGAUUAAGGAGCUGGGUUCUUUACCUGGGGAAGCUCAAGAGAACUCCUGGAAAGGUGCCCUUGUUGGUAACUCCAAGUCAGAGAUUUCGACGUUGCUGCCAAAAGUCACUAAUGGUGAGAAGGGCCCCGAGAUUUGCCUCCCAGACAGUAUCAUGAAUAAUAUUGCUUCCUCCCUUUACAUUUGCCUGGUAGGAAGAUUCUUAGCCUUCAGAUCCACUAUAGAUAUGGUCAAAAGAUGGGCCGGUUCUAAAUGGAAAAUCAAAGGUAGUGUCUCGGUCUCUGCUAUGCCUGGUGGACUCUUCCUUUUUAGAUUUACUGCAGAAGAAGACUUCAUCUAUAUUAUGUUUGGUUCAUGGUCUUAUGGUAAACAUUGCCUUACUCUCUCCAAGUGGAAGUCGAGAUUUGACCCAAGUGCGGACCUCCUUAGACUGGUGUCGAUUUGGAUCAAACUCUCGGGCCUCCCCCUGAAAUUUUGGGACGAUACCCUUUUCAGAUGGAUUGGUAACUCAUUUGGUCAGUUUGUUGUUGUCGACAAUGUGACAAUGCAGAACUCCAGACUUGUUUAUGCUCACCUUUGUGUGAAUGUGGUUGUUAACAACCCACUCCCUAAUUUCAUUGCCCUUAAAUCUAAAUGGGGUAAAUGGACACAUGCUAUUGUCUAUGAGAACGCCACCCUGUAUUGUCAAAGAUGUGGUAAACAUGGUCAUGUUAUUGCGGACUGUCCGACCCCACAACCUCUGAAGGAAAAGCUGAAGGAGAAGUUGUCAUCCCCGGGUAUUGUUAUUGGGGAGACAACUGAUAAUGGUAAUCCCCUAGCCUCCGACAACAUUGUGGGUUAG